GAGGUGGUGGUGGUGGUGCGCAGCUUUAACGCCCACAGCGCACGUUAGCACGCCUCACCAUCCCCCAUUGCGGUGGUCUCAUCCUUUUAGAUCUUGAAAUCAGCCGCACACCCCUCCCCACCACCACCCCCACCCCACACCCCCCACCUCUUUAACCUCAUCAAUUAUGUCACCUAACCCCACCUCCACCUCCUCCUCCUCCCCCUCCUCCUCCUCCUCCUAUUUUCUAUCUUGCGCCUCUGCUCCAUCCUUAUCCUUCACCCCCACUUUUCCAUGGCCAGUACGACGUCGCCCGCGCAGGACCCAUCUCUGCCUCCGCCCCAGCAACAGCCCUCUCCCGCGCCACCCUCCUCCCGGCGGCUCCCUCCGCCGUGCUGGUCCCACGACGAGACCGUGGCUUUGAUCGAUUCGUAUCGGGACAAGUGGUACGCCCUCCGCCGUGGGAAUCUUAGGGCCAACCACUGGCAGGAGGUCGCCGACGCCGUCUCGCGGCGGUGCCCGCUGUCCAGUCCGCCCAAGACUUCCGUACAGUGCCGCCACAAGAUGGAGAAGCUCCGGAAACGCUACCGGACGGAGUUGCAGCGGUCGAUGAACGCGCCGAGUCACCGGUUCAACUCGUCUUGGGUUCACUUCAAGAGGAUGGAUGCCAUGGAGAAGGGGCCGUCCUCCACCGCUGCCGUCGAAUCGGGCUCUGAUGGUGAGGACGAUGACGAGGACGAUGAUCAGGAUUUGUAUGAAGAUGGUGGUCUCAAACGAGGCAUUGGUAAUACUCGGAGCCUCCAGGGUUUGAUGAGUAACGGAAUCGGCAGUGGCGGCGGACCCGGUGCCGGGUUUCGAAUUCGAAUCCCUGGUCGCGGGCAUUUGGACUCGCCGCCUAUGGCGAAGAUUUAUGGAAAUUUUGAUCAAAACCCUAACCCUAGCCCUAAUUUUGGGUCCAGGGUUUUGGGGGAUAACGAUCGGGCGAGGCCGGCCAUGGGCAAGAGAAGCGGUGGAGACCCGGUGGCUGAGAUGGUGGCAGCGAUAAAGAUGUUAGGAGAUGGGUUUGCGAAAAUGGAGCAGAAGAAGAUGGACAUGGCCCGGGAGGUCGAGGCAAUGCGCAUGGACAUGGAGAUGAAGCGGACGGAGAUGAUUCUGGAGUCCCAACAGCGGAUUGUGGAAGCAUUUGCCAAUGCAUUAUCAGAGAAGAAGAAGAAGCCUAAGAAAAUGACCUCAUCGCCGGAGUAUUAGAACUUAUCAUCCAUUGAAUCAUAGGUUAAAAAAUCUGGUGUAAGGCGGAAACUUGGGGGAAAUGGUGGGGCUCCGCGGGUUCCAUUUGUAAGUUUGGGUUUUGAUUUCUGUGUCCAUUUCUCUUAUAGUGCCAAUUUUUGCUAGUUUUGACUGAUCUACGAUUCCUUUGCUUGUUCUUUCUCAGAUAGAUGUAGUUUUAGUUUUGACACUGUGAAUUAGAAGUAAUAAGUAAUAGUUUUAUUUGUGUUCAUGGCA